AUGACAACCCUGAUGAAACCCAACUCCGCCUACUCCACCCCAGUCGUGAUCCCCAUCUUGGUCAAUGGGAAGAACCACGUGGACUGGCCCCCUGUGGUAUGUCAAGACGUCCAGCGACACGCCCACAGCCUCCAGUGUGACCUCAUGGUUCUCCUUGAGCAAGAGAUUUAUUGUGCCUUUCACAGCUUGGAUUCCAUGGAUAAGUCUGUCAUCUAUGCCAUUGAGUCUGCAGUGAUCCAGUGGAGUCGCCAGGUGCAGGCGGUCCUCAACAAGGAGUCUUCCCAGCCACUCUUCCAAGGAGAAAACCCCACCCCCUGGGUGGAGUUGGAGUUCUGGAAGAGCAGGUCUGAGGACCUGGAAUACAUUUAUGAUCAACUAAGAACGAUAAAGGUGAGGGGCAUGGCGGGGCUCCUGGACAAGCUUCAGAGCAGCUACUUCCCAACCUUCCAAGCCAUGUGCAGAGAUGUCACAGCAGCUCUGAUGGAGGCGAAGGACAUCCACACGCACCUGAUGCCGCUCCGCCGCCACCUGGAAGCCCUCGAGGCCGUGGAGUUCCCGGAGGUGAAGCCGAAGCUGCGGCCUCUGCUCCACGUGGUCUGUCUGAUUUGGGCCACGUGCAAGUCCUACUGCUCCCCGGGGCGGCUCACUGUGCUGCUCCAGGAGAUCUGCAACCUUCUCAUCCAGCAGGCCUCCGAUUAUCUCAGCCCGGAAGACCUCCUGAAAAGCGAGGUGGAAGAAAGUCAGAGAAAACUGCAAGUGGUCGUGGACACCUUGAACUUCUUCAAGCAGGUGUUUCAGGACAGAAGGGAGGAUCUCCACACUUACUUCAAGGAGAGCCAGGAAGUCAGGGCGUGGGAUUUCCAGUCUUCUUUGGUGUUUGUGCGAUUGGAUGGCUUCCUGAGACACCUGCUUGUGGUGCAGGACCUUCUGAAGACGACACUGGACUUUCACAGCCUGCAGAAGGUCGAGUUCAGUGGCAUCAGAGGCAACGCCCUGAGUCAGCAGGUCCAGCAAAUUGACCACGAAUUUCAGGAGAUGUGCAGGGUCUUCUCGGAGUCCUGCCACGACUGCCUGGACCCCCAAGGCAUGGAAUUUGAGAAUGAUGUCUCUAAAUUUAACCAGAGAGUAGAAGAUCUUGACCGAAGACUGGGGACUAUCUUUAUUCAAGCCUUUGAUGACGCACCUGAUUUGGAGCACGCCUUUAAGCUGCUAGACAUAGCAGGCAACCUCCUCGAAAGACCACUGGUAGCACAAGAUGCAUCUGCUAAGUACCUGAUGCUCCUCCAGAUGUUUAACAAAGAAUUGGAUACAGUAAGGACAAUCUACAGUCAGCGUGUCCAGGAGGAGGCAGAACUUGGCUUCUCCCCGGUGCACAAGAAUAUGCCCUCAGUGGCCGGGGGUCUCCGCUGGGCCCAGGAGCUGAGGCAGCGCAUCCAGGGUCCCUUCGCCAACUUCAGGCGCAUCACACACCCUUGCAUGGAAUCUGCCGAAGGAAAGCGGAUGAUACAAAAGUAUGAAGAUGUGCUGUCGUUGCUGGAAAAGUACGAGUCAAGACUGUAUGAGGACUGGUGCCAGACGGUGUCGAAGCAGUCACAGUACAACCUCUCCCGGCCACUUCUGACACGAGACCCAGCCACUAAGCAGAUUACCGUCAACUUUAACCCACAGCUGGUGUCUGUGCUGAAAGAGAUGAGCUACCUUCAGCCCCGGCAGCUGCAGCACAUCCCGGAGACCGCAGCAGCCAUGUUCUCCUCCAGGGAGUUCUAUCGGCAGCUUGUGGCCAACCUGGAGCUGAUGGCAAAUUGGUACAACAAGGUUAUGAAAACACUGCUGGAGGUGGAAUUCCCAUUAGUGGCGGGAGAGCUGCGGAACAUCGAUCUCCACCUGCGAGUUGCGGAGGAGGCCCUGAACUGGAAAAGCGAAGGCAUUUGGGAUUAUGUCAUUCAAAUCACCAGUAGCAUUCGUGACCUUGAGAAAAGAAUUCAGAAAACCAAAGACAACGUGGAAGAGAUUCAGAGCAUCAUGAAAACAUGGGCGUCUCCGGUAUUUAAGAGAAAGGAUGGGAAAAAGGAGAGCCUGCUUUCUGUGGACGAUCAGCACGACCGGAUGGAAAAAUAUUACAGCUGCAUCAGAGAGUCUGGCCUGAAGAUCCACGCUCUGGUUCAGGAAAACUUGGAUCUUUUCUCAGCAGACCCCACCUCUGAUAUCUGGAAGACUUACGUUGACUACAUUGAUGAUAUGUUGCUAGAUGGAUUCUUUCUUGCCAUUGAGUGCUCCCUCAAGUACCUCCUGGAAAACACUGAAUGUAAGGCGGGACUCAACCCGAUAUUUGAAGCACAGCUGUGCUUGGCAGUCCCAGAACUGGUUUUCUCCCCAUCCCUGGAGUUUGGAGUGAAGGGUGGCUUCUAUGACAUGGUUGAGGGGCUUGUCACCAGCAUUUUUAGAAUAUCAUCUUUGGUGCCACGGCUUUCCCCACAGAACAGCUCUCCUCACUAUCAGGCUGACAUGGAGGGCCUGGCCGACUUGGCGAGGAUGCGGAGCGUGCUCAUGGAGAGAGCACAGAGCAUGAUGGCCCUGUGCUGCAGCUACCGAGACACCUUCAGCCAGUAUUCCUACCUGUACGUGGAGGACCGGAGGGAGAUCCUGGGUCAGUUUCUGCUGUAUGGGCACGUCCCCACCCCUGAGGAGAUCGAGGCCCACGAAGAAGACGGCAUCCCGGAGAACCCGCCCCUCCUGCAUCAAUUCCAAGCCCAGAUCGACUCCUAUGAGCAGCUCUAUGGAGAGGUGUGCAGGCUGGAGCCCGUCAAGGUGUUUGACAGCUGGAUGAAGAUCGACGUGCGGCCCUUCAAAGCGUCUCUGCUGAACAUAAUUAAGAGGUGGAGCCUCAUGUUCAAGCAGCAUCUUGUGGACUAUGUCACUAACAGCUUGGCAGACCUUGACGUGUUUAUAAAAAAUAGUGAGGGCAGCUUGCUCAAGAAAGUCGAAAAAGGAGAUUCCAACGGACUGGUCGAGAUUAUGCAACACCUUAUGGCUCUUAAAGAACGGCAGAGCAGCACUGACGAGAUGUUUGAGCCCUUAAAGCAAACCAUUGAAUUGCUGAAGACCUAUGAACAAGAGUUGCCAGAAACGGUGUUUAAGCAGCUGGAGGAGCUGCCUGAGAAGUGGAACAACAUAAAAAAGUUGGCCAUCACUGUGCGGCAGCACGUGGCCCCCCUGCAGGCCAGCGAGGUGGCCCUUCUCCGGCAGAGGUGCACCGCCUUCGAGGCUGAGCAGCAGCAGUUCUGGGAGCGAUUCCACAGAGAGGCGCCCUUCAGGUUUGAUAGCACCAACCCUCAUCAAAGCCUGGAUGCCAGGCACAGGGAGCUCCAGGAGAUGGAAUCCGCCAUGGCCUCCAUUUCCAAUUCUGCCAGCUUGUUUGAGGUCAACGUUCCUGACUACAGGCAGCUGAGGCAGUGCCGGAGGGAGAUCUGCCAGCUGAAGGAGCUCUGGGACACCAUUGGCAUGGUGACCUCCAACAUCCGUGCCUGGGAGGCCACCCCAUGGAAGAGCAUCAGCGUGGAGGCUAUGGACUCGGAGUGCAAAAGGCUUGCCAGGUACCUGCGGAACCUCGACAAGGAGGUCAGGGCCUGGGAUGCAUUCACGGGCCUGGAGAGCAUGGUGUUGAACACUCUGACCUCCCUGAGGGCAGUGGCUGAGCUGCAGAACCCGGCCAUCCGGGAGCGGCACUGGAGGCAGCUGAUGCAGGCCACGGGCGUGAGCUUCACCAUGGGCGAGGGCACCACCCUGGCACAGCUUCUGCAGCUCCAGUUGCACCGCUUUGAGGACGAGGUCCAGGGCAUCGUGGACAGAGCUGUGAAGGAGAUGGGUAUGGAGAAGACCUUAAAGGAGCUGCAGGCCACGUGGGCCGGCAUGGAGUUCCAGUAUGAGCCCCACCUGCGGACCAGCGUCCCUCUGCUGCGUUCAGAUGAGGACCUCAUCGAGGUUUUGGAGGAUAACCAAGUCCAACUUCAGAACCUGAUGAUGUCCAAGUACAUAGCCUUUUUCCUGGAGGACGUGUCGGGCUGGCAGAAGAAGCUGUCCACCGCGGACGCUGUCAUCUCCACAUGGUUUGAUGUGCAGCGGACAUGGUCCCACCUGGAAAGCAUAUUCAUUGGCUCCGAAGACAUCCGGGCUCAGCUGCCCCAGGAUUCUGAAAGAUUUAAGGGCAUCGACAUGGACUUUAAAGAGCUCGCUUAUGAUGCUCAGAAAACUCCAAAUGUAGUGGAAGCCACCAACAAGCCAGGGCUUUACGAGAGGCUGGAGGACAUUCAGAGCAGAUUGUACCUGUGUGAGAAGGCCCUGGCGGAGUACCUGGAUACCAAAAGGCUGGCCUUCCCCAGGUUUUACUUCCUCUCCUCUUCUGAUCUGUUAGAUAUCCUUUCCAACGGCACAGCCCCGCAGCAGGUUCAACGCCACCUUUCCAAACUCUUUGACAAUAUGGCCAGGAUGCAGUUCCAGCUGGACGCCAGUGAGCAACCAACCAAGAUCAGCCUCGGCAUGUACAGCAAGGAGGAGGAGUACGUGGCCUUCAGCGAGCCCUGCAGCUGCAGUGGGCAGGUGGAAACAUGGUUGAACCACGUGCUUGCUCACAUGAAGGCCACCGUGAGGCAUGAGAUGACCGAUGGUGUGACUGCCUAUGAGGAAAAGCCCAGGGAGCAGUGGCUCUUUGACUAUCCAGCUCAGGUGGCCCUGACCUGCACCCAGAUCUGGUGGACCACAGAGGUGGGCAUGGCCUUUGCCAGGCUGGAGGAAGGCUAUGAGAGUGCCAUGAAAGACUAUUACAAGAAGCAAGUGGCCCAGCUCAAAGCCCUCAUCACCAUGCUGAUUGGCCAGCUCUCCAAGGGGGACCGACAGAAGGUCAUGACUAUAUGCACCAUCGAUGUGCACGCCCGGGACGUGGUGGCCAAGAUGAUUGCUCAGAAGGUGGACAGUGCCCAGGCCUUUCUCUGGCUGUCCCAGCUGCGGCAUCGUUGGGAUGAUGAAGCCAAACACUGCUUUGCCAACAUCUGUGAUGCCCAGUUUCUAUAUUCCUAUGAGUACCUGGGAAAUACACCUCGCCUUGUGAUCACACCUUUGACAGACAGGUGCUACAUCACCCUCACCCAGUCUCUGCAUCUGACCAUGAGUGGGGCUCCAGCGGGACCUGCAGGCACAGGCAAGACGGAGACCACCAAGGACCUGGGCCGCGCGCUGGGCAUCAUGGUCUACGUGUUUAACUGCUCAGAGCAAAUGGACUACAAGUCUUGCGGCAACAUCUACAAGGGCCUUGCUCAGACCGGUGCCUGGGGCUGUUUUGAUGAAUUUAAUCGAAUCUCCGUGGAGGUCCUGUCGGUGGUGGCAGUACAGGUGAAAAGCAUUCAAGAUGCAAUUCGAGAUAAGAAGAAGAAGUUCAGCUUCCUCGGAGAGGAGAUUAGCCUGAAUCCCUCUGUGGGCAUCUUCAUCACCAUGAACCCCGGCUAUGCGGGCCGCACGGAGCUGCCCGAGAACCUGAAGGCUCUCUUCAGGCCCUGCGCCAUGGUGGUUCCAGACUUUGAGCUGAUCUGUGAAAUCAUGCUGGUGGCAGAAGGAUUCCUUGAAGCCCGGUCAUUAGCCAGAAAGUUCAUCACCCUUUACCAGUUGUGCAAAGAGCUUCUCUCCAAACAGGAUCACUAUGACUGGGGCCUGCGGGCCAUCAAGUCUGUGCUGGUGGUGGCAGGAUCUCUGAAGCGAGGAGACCCUGACAGGCCUGAAGACCAAGUCCUGAUGCGCUCCCUGCGAGAUUUUAACAUCCCCAAGAUAGUGACUGAUGACAUGCCAGUGUUCAUGGGCCUGAUCGGGGACCUCUUUCCCACCCUGGACGUCCCUCGGAGGAGAGACCUCAACUUUGAAGCUUUGGUUAGGAAGGCGGUUGUGGACCUGAAGCUCCAGGCUGAGGACAACUUUGUGCUCAAGGUGGUCCAGCUGGAGGAGCUUCUGGCCGUGCGGCACUCUGUGUUCGUGGUGGGCAGUGCUGGUGCCGGCAAGUCUCAGGUGCUGAGGUCCCUGCACAAGACCUAUCAGAUCAUGAAACGCCGCCCCAUCUGGACUGACCUCAAUCCCAAAGCAGUCACAAACGAUGAGCUCUUCGGCAUCAUCCACCCGGCCACACGAGAAUGGAAGGAUGGUAAGGUGAACUAUCUGUGGUUCCUUUCAGGAUUGUUCUCUUCCAUCAUGCGGGAGCUUGCCAACGUCGCCCAUGAUGGGCCCAAGUGGAUUUUGCUGGAUGGCGACAUAGAUCCAAUGUGGAUCGAGUCUCUGAACACUGUCAUGGAUGAUAACAAGGUGCUGACGCUGGCAAGCAACGAGAGGAUCCCUCUGAACCCCACCAUGAGGCUCCUCUUUGAGAUCAGCCACCUGCGCACGGCCACGCCGGCAACCGUCUCCAGAGCAGGGAUCCUGUACAUCAACCUGGCAGACCUGGGAUGGAGCCCUCCAGUCAGCAGCUGGAUCGAGAAGAGGGAAAUCCAGACAGAGAGAGCCAACCUGACCAUCCUGUUUGACAAGUACCUUCCGACCUGCUUAGACACACUCAGAACCAGGUUUAAGAGGAUAAUUCCGAUCCCAGAGCAGAGCAUGGUGCAGACACUCUGCCACCUUCUCGAGUGCUUCCUGGCCGAGGAGAACAUCCCCGCGGACUGCCCCAAGGACACGUAUGAGCUCUAUUUUGUGUUUGCUGCCAUCUGGGCUUUCGGCGGAGCAAUGAUCCAAGAUCAGCUUGUGGACUACCGGGCAGAGUUCAGCAAGUGGUGGCUGGCCGAGUUCAAGACCAUCAAGUUUCCUUCCCAGGGAACCAUCUUUGACUAUUACAUAGACCCUGAGACCAAGAAAUUUGAGCCAUGGUCCACACUCAUCCCCCAGUUUGAAUUUGACCCUGAGAUGCCUUUGCAGGCUUGUCUGGUGCACACGAGCGAGACCAUCCGUUUGUGCUACUUCAUGGAGCGGCUCCUGCAGCGGCGGCGACCGCUCAUGUUGGUGGGGACCGCGGGCACAGGCAAGUCAGUGCUGGUGGGCGCUAAGCUAGCCAGCCUGGACGCAGAGGAAUACCUGGUGAAAAACGUACCUUUCAACUACUACACCACGUCGGUGAUGCUGCAAGCUGCCCUGGAGAAGCCUCUGGAAAAGAAGGCAGGGAGAAACUAUGGCCCCCCGGGGCACAAGAAGCUGAUCUACUUCAUCGACGACAUGAACAUGCCGGAGGUGGAUGCCUACGGGACGGUGCAGCCCCACACCCUCAUCAGGCAGCACCUGGACUACGGCCACUGGUAUGAUCGGAACAAGCUGUCUCUAAAGGAGAUCACGAACGUGCAGUAUGUUUCCUGUAUGAAUCCUACUUCAGGCAGCUUCACCAUCAACCCACGGCUUCAGCGUCACUUCAGUGUCUUUGUCCUCUCCUUCCCGGGAGCGGACGCCCUGUCCUCCAUCUACAGCUCCAUCCUGACUCAGCACCUGAGGCUUGGAAACUUCCCGGCAUCACUGCAGAAAUCCACCCCGCAGCUGAUCAACCUGGCCCUUACCUUCCAUCAGAAAGUCGCCACCACGUUCCUACCCACGGCAAUCAAAUUCCACUAUAUCUUCAAUCUCCGAGACUUCGCCAACAUUUUCCAGGGCAUUCUCUUCUCCUCGGUGGAGUGUGUAAAAUCCGCACGGGACCUGGUAAAGCUCUAUCUGCACGAAUCAAAUCGUGUUUACCGGGAUAAGAUGGUGGAGGAAAAGGACUUUGUUCUUUUUGAUAAAAUCCAGACAGAAGUGGUUAAGAAAAUUUUUGAUGUGAGUAUUGCACUGUGA